AUGUCAAUAUGCCUUGGACAGAUGUUUGGCGUAUGGAAAAUGUACAUUAUUUUAAGGGUUGUUGUCAUAAAAUCAAUUGGAAUUGCUGAGUUCAGCUGUGCAGGCACUGACACUUCUAGCACAAGUGUAGAGAGGGCAAUGGCAGAGUUUCUCAAGAACAAAGAAGCCAUGGAAAGAGUGAGUGAAGAGCUAGACAGAGAAAUCAACAAAAACCCAAUUAAAGAAUCUCAUGUUGCUCAACUUCCAUAUCCAAAUACAUGUCUAAAGGAAACACUAAAAUCUCGCUUGGUUCGUUUUAUUGCAAUUCAUGCAAUUGGACGAGAUCCUUCGACUUGGGAAGACCCGUUAUCAUUCAAACCUGAAAGAUUUGUUGGAUCGAGUUUAGACGUGAAGGGUCAUAAUUUUGAGCUAUUGCCAUUUGGUUCGGGAAGAAGGGUUUGCCCAGGACUAGCAAUGGCUACAAGGCAAUUGCCAUUAAUUUUGGCUUCUUUAGUACAUUGUUUUGACUGGUCUCUUCCAAAUGGUGAGGAACUGAGGAUCCUGCAAAGCUAG